UCAAUUUUUAUUGCAUCACCUGUCAGGAGUGUCCAAUCAGCGUUGGCUUUAGGGGAAUUAAUUGAUGAAGGUGUCUCCGGACGGGCUCACUAUACUCUGUCAUUUUAUUUGGAGCUGAUGCAGCGGCCGCAGCAGCUGGUGCCUCCCCGGCUAACAUUCCAUUAUUCCAGAGCCCAAUGGAGCAGGGGGCUUUAAAAGGACACAGCAGGAUGCCUUGAGACUACAAUACCCUCCUCUGGAUUUGCAUGUUUUCUUUGCCUGCAAAUGUUGGGGAUACAAUAACCCAAAGCCAUGGGAGAUCUGGAAUGCGGAUUUGAAGUGGUGGACGGAGUGAGACUGGGUUACCUGGUUAUUAAAGGGAAGCAGAUGUUUGCCCUGUCGCAGGUUUUUACAGAUCUCCUGAAGAACAUCCCAAGAACUACAGUGCACAAACGCAUGGAUUACUUAAAAGUGAAAAAGCACCAGUGUGACUUGGAGGAGCUGAGAAAACUCAAAGCCAUCAACUCUAUAGCUUUUCAUGCAGCCAAAUGCACUCUGAUCUCCAGAGAGGACGUGGAAGCUCUGUACACAUCCUGCAAGACGGAAAGAGUCCUUAAAACAAAAAGGAGGAGGAUAAGCAAGACCCUGGCAACAAAAGAUCUGCAAGAGCAGCACCCAUCCCCCGACCCUUACAACAGCCUUUGGAAGGAGGACAAACUUUGGCUGGGUUUGAAUGAAUCUGCCCAGCCCAUAAAGAGAAAAGCCUUUACUACUGGAAACCCAGACUUGCUACCGGCAGCUCAUCUACCUCACUUUUUUAGUAAAUACACUGGUCAGACCUACCCCGAAAUAGCGAGGUUUCCUUGCAAAAGCCCCCUAAACUAUGAAACUGCCCCGAUCCCCGGAGACUGUGUUGCAGCUUUUCACUCCAGCCUGCCCUUCAUCAGGGGUGUCCUGUGCUCCAAGCACCCGGCAUUCUAUUACCAGUCCGCCAUUGCCCAGCCUAAGCUAGGCAGCUCUGCCGGGGUGACUUACAGAUACAAAAGGAAAAGGUCUUCUGCAGAGAAGGAGUCCUUCAGCAGCAGCAACAGGAGGCUCUUCUUCAUCCCGAAAGCCUACAGAUCCAAGAGGACCCCGGUGUGCUUGGAGAGCUUCCACCUGAUUGAUGGCUUUUGCCCCCAGCACCUAGGGGGCUUGCAGGAAAGCUACAGCAGCGAGUCGGAGUCCAGCUCGUACUCGGAACAUGCUGCCAACGACUCGGAUUUUGGCUCCAGUCUGUCCAGCAGCAGUGACUCGGUGUCCUCAGACGAGGAGGAAGAGGAGGAGGAAGAGGGCAGCCUGUCUGACUCCAGCGAGCUCAGCUCAGACGAGGAAAGCUCUUCGGAGUCAGACAGCAGCUCAGCGUCCAGUCAGGUCUCGGUAGAGAGCAUUCGCUUUCGCAGAACGAGUUUUUCCAGCCCCAGCAGCAAGCCUCCUGGGUUGUCCCAGGUUAACCUCCUAUAUCAGGUCUCCAGAUCCCCCAACCCCGGUUUAGGAAGGACUGAGAAGGAGGACAGCAGCGGCUCAGGUCACUGUGACAUCAAGUCUGAAACUCCGGAAGAAUGGAGUCACCAGGGCUGGGGCUCCAGCCCUCAUAAUGUUUGCUCUCCCUCUGCCUUGGGAAGCCCUUUUCCAAAGAUAAGAUGUGAUACGGCUCGUGGAAUUCCAUUCGAACUCUCUGGGUUCUCUUCUAGAGCAAAGAGGACUGACCUGACAAUUAAGUGUGUUGCAGAGGGGGGGUCUUCACCUAGCCCAGAGAAAAACAAUGCAUUUUCACAACAAAGAGUACACAGGGAGGGAAAGCAGAUCCUUCAAUCAAACCUCACACAUUGCUUGGAAAAGAACACCCCAGGCCCCAGAUCCUCAAACUGUGUUUCUGUAUCUGCCGAAAACGAGGAAAAAGUGUCCACAAUAUGUACAGCAGCUGAUAUACCUGGAGAUUCUGCACAGAUUCGCCAUGGGGCUAAUGGAGACCCUUGCACUGAUUUAUCAUUUCUGCACAACGUCAAAAUUAAAAUCGAGGAGAGUGUGGACAAUGAGGAAUAUGAAGCUAGCCAGCAUAAGCUAAACUACAAGUGCAAUGUUGCAAAAGACGAGAUUGACAGUGAUGCGGGGAAAAACAGAACCGAGGAGACUUUGUUAGAAGCCAAGGAAGACCAUGAGUGCACUGUUGAACAGACCACUUCCCAAAAUGUGGCCACUCAGGCCACUUCAUGCACUUUAGGUAUCCCCAAACCUGAGGAGGGAGAAUAUAAAUUUGGUGCUAAGGUAAGGAAAAACUACAGGACUCUGGUGCUAGGGAAAAGACCUCUUCUUCAGGCAUCCCCCAGUAAACCAAAUCUAAAAUCACCCAGGAGCCCAAGACACCCUGGGAAAAAUGAAUUAUGUGAAGGAGCACUGGAUGGUUUUACAGUGACCAAUAGACGUAAAAGGUUAGCCAACAAUGUAGCAUCUGCAGUAAAGAGACCCUUUAAUUUCAUGGCAAAUUUUCCCUGUCCACCAUCACUAAUUGUUGGCAAAGACGGAGACUUGCUGCCUGCUUAUUCCUUAAACAGCACAAAGGAAUAUAACCCACCCCAUAAGGCCCAUCCAGUAUGGAAAUGGCAACUGGGUGGCUCUGCAGUACCUCUUCCUCCAAGUCACAAAUUCAGGACAUUUCACUCAUAACUCAUUCUGGGAAAUAUUUUCUUUUAUUUUUUAAACAAAUGGUUGUAUCAGCCUGUGUUUUUUUAAUAUUAAUAAUAAUAUUAUAUUAUUAUUAUUUGGAAUUCUUGUCUUGACAUCUCCUGAAGAAGGAUUUUGGGAUAAAUAUUUUGCAUUUGGAAUUUUGGAUCUUGUUUUGUUACAUUCCACAGACUACUCGAAGCCUGACAGACACACAUGCCCUUGUUCAUGAAAAUGGAAAAAAUAGAUUUCUUACAAUACACCGGUACCUCAAUUUAUCUACAGCAUACAAAUGUCAAAAAGCAUUUCAUAAUAAAAAAAGGAAAAAAAUCUAUAUUAUGAGCCAUUGCAUUUCUGCACUACAUUUGGAAAUUGGAGGUCUGACUGUUAAUUGGUUGUGGGUCACCUUAAUUAUUUCUGGCAGUUUUUCUCGUUAGUUUUUCGGGUGUAUUUUUUCACAGAGCAGUUGCACUUACUCCUUUUCCUGUGGACUGCAAUGGUCUUGGGCUUGAGUUGAACUCGGGCACUAGAAUUUGAAAAAAAACAAACAAAAAAAAAUAAAGAAAGAAAAAGCUGCCUCACCAUUUAGUCAGUAAAUGUGGGUAUUUUGUGAAAUGCCUUUUUAAAUGCACAAUCACUGCAGAAAUACCAGCCUAUUUCCUACCCAAAGGUUAUUAUGUAUUUUAUCAGUACUACUGUCAUCUUGCAAAUAAAACCUAAUUACAAUUCCUUAGUAGCACCAUCAGGAAAAAUAGCACCCCCACUAAAAACAGUAUCUUUUAUGUCCCAAUAUUUCAAAGUGUGCAGUUCAGGCAAUCUACAAAACGAGGGUACUUCGUAAAUAAUUGUGUUUUUGGCUCCAAGACUACAUACUACAGAUUAAAAGAUCUGCAUUUUUCACUGUAGCUGUAAACUUGAAUAUUCUUACAAUCCUGGCAUACACAGGGGUGUAACUGCACAUGACAAUCAGAAACCAUCUCUGCAUUUGCACUUAAAACUGAAAUAGAGAAAUAUUCAGGAUUGUGGAGGCCCAUUGGUUAUAUACUGUCUUCUGUAAUGUGUUGGUGAAAGCAGUAAAUCAUAAAAUUAUGGAAAAUUGCACUGUUGAAAAGUAUGUUUCUUUUUUAAUUUUAUUAAAAAAAAAAUAACACAAAAAACCAAAACACUGUUUUCAAAUUACCGAUUCAAUUCAUCCUGAAUUAUUCCAGCAUUGGUCCUGAUUUGUAUUAACAGGAAAAGGUUAAUUUAAGAUUUUUUUAUGGGGUGGGUGGGAGAAAGGAUGGGGGAGGGGGUCCAAGUUUGAAAUAGGUGCUCUGUAAACAUUUUGCAUUAAAAAACCGAAUUUGUUAAUGAUUAUUCGAGCUGUGUUUUAUCCACUUGAGUUUUGUUUGCUAAAUUUCACACGUUUACUAAAACCUUUGGGGAACAUAUUGAAAUUAUCUAGAAAACAAAGAUACAAAAUAAAAAUAAGGAGAACAAAAAGGGGCAUUCAACACGUUUUCUAACCAGGCCUCUGUGCGACUCUCCUCUAGUUGGGAUUCUUGUAUUAAACAAUAUUCUGGAACCUUGAUCAAUAAUUAAAAAAUACAUUCCA